ACCUUUUAUUAGUAUCAAUGUGCUCUCAAUGUACCGUUUAAUCCGGUCUAAGGGCCCUCCGUACGAGUAGUCCAUUGAUUUUUCACCUCUUCCAUCUCUGGUCUCAGUCUUCGUCCCCCAAAAAAAAAAGAAAGAAAAAAACUCUGGUGUCUGUCUCUUUGACAUCGAUUGGACGAUUGCUGAAGGUGUAGGAGAAAGUUGAAUGCAUGGAUGCCAAUAGUUGGAGAGCGGCGCAACCUCUGGCUCAGUCUCAGGGUGGUGAAGCCGCAGGCAUAGCAGCCAGUGGGGCUGCUCCUGCUUCCGGAUCCAUGGAGACCGGCGAUUGGCGGGCUCAACUGCCGCACGAUUCCAGGCAAAGGAUUGUCAGCAAGAUAAUGGAUACUUUAAAGAAGCACCUCCCAUUUUCUGGACAAGAGGGACUGCAGGAACUUAAGAAAAUUGCAGUGAGAUUUGAGGAAAAAAUUUAUGCUGCUGCCAUAAACCAGGCAGAUUAUCUAAGGAAGAUAUCAUUAAAGAUGUUGUCGAUGGAGACAAAAUCAUCAAACCCUUUGGCUAAUCCUCCAAACGCUAAUGCUGCCAAUAUUAGUCAAACUCCUCAAGGAACAGGUUCACAUGCAAUGCAGCUCCAAGUUAAUAACCAAGCUCAGCCGCUUUCUGUACCAAUGGUGAGCAAUCAAUCGCAAGCCCGGCAGCAACUACUAUCCCAAAAUAUUCAUAACACUAUCACGUCCGCUGGAAUGCAGAACUCUGUGAAUCUGGUGUCUGCACUUCCUAGCGCAGGGAAUUCCACUCAGAUUAACAUUCCAAAUGCAGCAAGCCAAAAUUCCAAUUUGCAAAAUGCACAAGGCAUUCCCAUUGCUACUCAAAAUUCAGUUGGAAACACGUUAGGGCAUUCAAAUAUGAUUGUGAAUUCUAUUAGACAGAUUCAAGAAAGACAGCAGCAGGUUGUUUCCCAACAACAGCAACAACAAUCUCAGACCCCUAAUACACAUAUUUAUCAGCAGCAGCUACACCGCCCAGUGUUGAAACCAAAGUUCCAAUCUCAAGUGCAGCAUCCACAGGAGCAGCAGAAACAGCCAAAUAUACAACAACAGGUCCAAUCUUUCCAGCAACAAACUCAGUCCCAAUCUUCUCAGCAAGUAGCGUUGCAGCCUUCUACAGCACAUUCUACUCUGUCAAACCUUCAGCAGAAUCAACAGUCUUCCAUUCAACAGCAAAGUCAAUCCAUGAUCCAGCAACUUUCACAAUCAGUCCUCAGGCAACAUCAACAACAGGGAUCAGUGCUGCAAAGUCAACAGCAGCAACCUCAACAGCAACAACAAAAUCUGAUUGGACAGCAACAAAAUAUUGCGAAUAUCCAGCAGAACCAGCCGAUUGGCCAGCAAAACAUGUCUGAUAUGCAGCACCAGCAAACUAGGCUAACGACCCAACAGAAUAGCUAUUCUAGUGUUCAACAGCAGCAGUUAGUUAAUCAGCAAAUAAAUGUUCCAAGCAUACAUCAGCAGCAAAUUGGUACUCAAGGGAAUGUUGCUGGGCUAUCACAUCAGAAGCUAGCUGGAGAUCAAUCUAGUAACUCUGGAUUGACUACUAAUCAGCAUGCUAUCCAGAUGUCACAACAAUCAAAGGUCCAGGUGCAACAACAGAUGCUUCCAAGUGCUACACUUUUGCCAGCUCAAGGUCUUCAAUCUCAGUCACAACAACAAAUGAUGCCACAGAAUCAAUCACAACCUGGACCAUUGCAACCACCAUUUGGUUUGCAGCAGCAGCAGCCUAAUACUCUACAACGAGAAAUGCAGCAUAGGCUUCAAAAUCCAAAUCCUAUACUUCAACAGCAGAACCUGAGUGAUCAGCAGAAGCAAAUUUUUCAACCACAAAGGGCUACACCAGAUGCAUCUUCUACAUCUUUAGAUUCAACAGCUCAAACUGGAAAUACCAAUUUUGGUGAUUGGCAGGAAGAGGCUUACCAAAAGAUCAAGUCCAUGAAAGAUAUGUACUUUAUGGAUCUAAGUGAAUUGUACCACAAGAUUGCUGGUAAAUUGGCUCAGCAUGACUCUCUUCCCCAGCAUCCGAAAAAUGACCAAAUUGAAAAGCUCAAGAUGUUUAAGGUUAUGGUGGAACGCCUUCUACAUAUGCUGAGGUUUAACAAGAAUGACAUUCAACCACAACACAAGGAAAAGCUGAGUUACAUUGAGAGGCAAAUAAUAUAUUUUCUGAACUCCAACCGUACCCGGAAACCUCAGCCACCACAAGCUUUUGAUGGCCAAAUUAAUCUUCAGGCACAAUCUGUAAAUUUACAAGGCACAAUGGCAACCAUGCAGCAUAAUAGUUUGAACAACAUGCAGCAUAAUCCCAUGUCUUCUCUAUCUGCAGUUCCAAACUCACAACAAAGUAUGAUAUCUACAAUACAGCCUGGAGCUAGCAUAGACAUGGGGCAUGGUAGUUCAUUAGGUCCACUGCAGCAGGUCUCUAGUGGUGCUCUACAACAAAAUCAGAUCAAUGGUCCCCAACAAAUGAACAUAAGCUCAUUUUCAUCACAAGGCGGACCAAAUUCACUGCAGUCAAACCUUCAGCAAAAUUCUAAUAUGCUUCAGCAUCCUAAGCAACAUGAACAGCAAAUGCUGCAGAACCAACAACUCAGACAACAGUUUCAGCAGCGGCAGAUUCAGCAACAGAUUUUGCAACAGCAGCAGCAAUUCAAGCAAGGGCAGGCUCCAUCAGCUGCGCACUCGAUGUCUCAACUUCACCAAUUGGUUGAUACAAAUGAUAUAAGGACGAGGCAGCAUAUAGGAAGUAUCAAAUCGGGUGUGUUCCAGCAGCAUCAGCCACUUGGCCCACCACGUGUGGCAUUGCAUCACCCACAGCUCAAGACAAGUAUAUCUUCACCUCAAGUUCAUCAGACAUCAUCUCCACAGCUUGCCCAACAUCUUUCUCCUCAAUUCGACCAGCAAAAUGCAUUGGUGUCUCAUACAAAAACGGGAACACCUCUUCAAUCUGCAAGUUCACCUUUUGUCCAAUCUCCUUCUACUCCUUUGGCCCCAUCACCCAUGCCAGGGGACUCUGAAAAAGUUAGCUUGGGUGCUCCAUCUCUUCUUGGUCCUGGGAAUGUAGGGAUUCAGCAAACAACUUCUGCCUCAGCUCAAUCUCUAGCAAUUGACACUCCAGGGAUAUCAACAUCACCAUUGCUUCCAGAAAUUUACAGUUUAGAUGGCACACAUACAAAUGUAUCAACUUCCAUUUCUGGGAAGUCAACAAUUGAACAACCUCUGGAGCGCUUGGUUAAUGCAGUAAGAAAGGUGUCGGCCAAAGCAUUGAAUUCCUCUGUUAGUGAUAUCAGCUCUGUUAUCAGUAUGAUGGAUAGAAUAGCUGGAUCUGCACCUGGAAAUGGCUCAAGAGCAGCUGUUGGUGAAGAUUUGGUUGCCAUGACAAAAUGUCGGUUGCAGGCAAGAAAUUUCUUCCCACAAGAUGGACCUACUGGAACAAAGAGAAUGAAAUGCUAUACAGCCUCAAAUGUAGUGUCAUCUAGUGGAAGUUUAAAUGAUGGUUUUGCACUAUGGAAUUGCUCUGAAGUGUCCGAUUCGGAGUCCACAGCAACAUCGAGCUUAAACAAACUUAAGGUUAACCAUGCACUUAUUGAAGAGAUAAGGGCGAUUAAUCAGCAAUUGAUUGAUACUGUGGUAGAAAUCAGUGAUGAAGGUAUUAAUCCUAGUGUUCUAACUGCUGCUACUGCUGCAACUGAUGGGAGUGAAGGCACAAUUGUUAAGUGUUCUUUUAUGGCUGUGGCUCUCAGUCCAAAUUUAAAAUCACAGUGUUCUUUGGCUCAAAUGUCACCAAUACAAUCACUGAGAUUACUUGUUCCUGCAAAUUAUCCAAAUUGCUCCCCAAUUUUCAUGGACAGCUUUCCAGUUGAAGUGAGUAAAGAGUAUGAAUGUGUAUCGGACAAGAUUAGGUCGCGGCUUUUUACAUCCCUCAGAAGUCUAUCGCAACCGGUGUCACUGGGGGAUAUCGCAAGGACGUGGGAUUUUUGCACUCGAGCCGUUAUUUCAGAGUAUGCCCAGCAAAGCGGUGGGGGAAGUUUUAGCUCAAAGUAUGGUACAUGGGAAGACACUAUGGCCACUGCAGCGUGAAUGUUACUUUUGUAACAUUAGCCUUUUCCUUAAGUGUGUAACAUUAGCAUAUAUAUGUAUCUUUCGUAAGCAUCAUUUCCCUUUGCACUCCAACUUUUUUACAUUUCCAUCUUUGCUUGUAAAUAAAGAUGUGGUGUAAUAUGAAAAAUUAAUCUUAUUGUUGUACUAAUAUGUAAUAGGAAUAAUAGGAAAUCACUUGU